AUGUCGUACGACGAUGUGGAGAUAGAAGACAUGGAGUGGAACGAAGAGAUUCAAGCGUACACGUACCCAUGCCCUUGUGGUGAUUUGUUCCAGAUCACGAAGGAGGAUCUCCGGCUCGGCGAGGAGAUCGCGAACUGCCCAAGUUGCUCGCUUUAUAUCACCGUCAUCUACAAUAUGGAGGAUUUUCAAACCGAUACGAAGAAGAAGAACAACGAACCGAAAAGUCGCCAGCCGAUCGCCGUCGCGUGA